AUUACAUCUCUUUUAUAAUGGGAAAAAAUCACGCUCAUUACUUUCCAUUCCCAUAAACCGCCUAUUUUCCUUUUCUUCUUUCAUUCCAUCUUUCCAAUCGAUCAAGGUUUCAUCUGUGCGCUUAUCUUCCUCAUCGAGAUUAUGAAUUGCUCGAACUCAUCUCCCACCAUUUUCAUCGAACGUCAUGGAAUCAGGUAUCCCUAUAUCUUUGAUGAACUCUUUUUCCGUUUCUUCUUUCCAUCCACCUUUGCGAUCGAUCCUGUUCUUCUUGCCAUCCACCUUUGUGAUCGAUCCUGUUCUUGUUUCCGUCCACCUUUGCGAUCAAUCAUGUUUUUCAUCUCUGUUUGUCUUCAUCGUCGGAUUAUGACUUCUGCAGUUAAUCAUCUCCCAGCAUUGUCAUCAAACGUCAUGGAAUUAGACUUGGAUGUAAAACCCUUUGACGGUUGUUUCUGAAGGACUUGAAAUUGGAACGCAUUCCGGACCAUUUGGUGAAUAACAGAUGGUGCAUGAAGGAUUUAGUGAAGGCAUUGACUGAAAUUUCAGAUUUCAUAUUUCAGCAAACUAUAUUGUUGGAGGAGAAUAAGAUAUAUGUUAACACUUUAUGGUCUGAUAUUUAUUUUUGCAUGACCCUUGUUGAAACUUAACCCAGUUAUUUAAAGCAUUCUCUAGUAUUUUUAAAGAGCAAAAGGAGAUUUGUUUUCUCUAUAUGAAGGUGUUGGUCAGGGUUCAACAAAGAAGUCAUAACUUGAAUCCUUUUAUGGUUAUGGUGUGCCAUCCGAAGUUAUUGUGCAUCCCCUGCAGCAUGCCAAAAAUAAGGGAACUUCUUUUAUGGUUAUGGUCUGCCAUCCGAAGUUACUGUGCAUCCCCUACAGCAGGCCAAAAAUAAGGGAUCUGGCCGUAGGAUUAGGUCUUCAAAGGAAGUUUCAAUGGAAGAAUCUAAAUGCCCCAAAUUACUUUGUAGAUCGUUCAAUGAGAUGGCGCAUCAUGACAUUAUGAAUUGCCCUUUGAAUAAAUAGACUUUCUUAAACUUAAAGUGUCAUUUGCUAGUUUUGUUGUUUGACAUUGUGUCUUUGUGUACAAUCUAAACCUUAUGUUUGAAAUGCAAAUACUUUUAUGUUAUUGGUUUUUUA